AUGCCGAAGAAGAGACACCAAAACAAGUACUCCAAGCCGCAGUCCACUGCCCCAGCGUUGCUCAGCAGCUCGGCUGCCAGCAGAAACGACAGUCGCCAAGAUGACCCUUCGCAAAGCCGCGGAGUCAACGAGCUGCUCGCCGGCCUGCGCCGCGCCGGCCUGAGCGGCAGUCGGCACCAGACGCCAGACGUCGUCCAGCCGACGGUCCCGCCUGCCAUCCGCCAGAUCCUCCAGAUCCCCGAGACACCCCCGCCUCGCCCGCGCCGCCCUCUCCGCCUCGGCCCCGGCGGCGCGAGGCUGCCCGCCGGCCCGGCCCCGCCGCGCAGCUGGCUGUCGCGGCCGGAACGCGCGCUGGAGAGCGCCGUCCGACGCUCGGCGGCCGGGCCUGACGGAGACGGAGAGAGGGACUGGGUCCGGAAGCCGCUGCCGGGGGUGCAUCUGCCCUCGCGCGGCAGCCUGGUUGACUUGGUGCUCCGCCGGUUUGCCCGCGACUGGCGGUGGCAGAGGUCCUACUGCCGGUACCAUCUCUACGGGCUGCCCACCCAUCUGCGGGUUGCCCUGAUCGUGUACCUCGGGACAUACACCGAGGAAGGCGUGUCUUUGAGAGAUCUCCGGGCUGUGCUCCUCCCUCCUCGGGACGCCCCAGAGUACCGAGACGAUCCGGCGCUGGCGCCGAGCGUGAUGAACGAGACCUUCACCUAUCUGGACCUAUCCGGGUCGGUCGGCCGCUCCCUGAAGCUGCGCGAGCUGUCGGACCUCCUCUUCCCCCCCGAGGCCGAGCCCGUCGACGCGCAGGAAUCGUGGGACGCACCCGAGAACACCUCUCCCGACAUCCCCCGUCCGCUGCUGCCCAACCUAACCCACCUCUCGCUCGCGCUCGACCCGGGCUCGCCGCACGCCGUCUCGUGGCGGCAGCUGCUCGCCUUCGCGGCGCACCUGCCGGGCCUGACGCACCUCAGCCUCGCCUUCUGGCCGGAGCCGACGCUGACCCCGAACGCCACGCUGGCGACGGUGGUCUCGCCGCAGACGGGCCGCUCGCUGCAGUACGGCGGCACGGGGCCCUACAGCCACUCGCUGGACGACGACUGGGCCGAGGCCGUGCUGAUCCUGCGCCGGCUGAGCCGGCGCCUGUACGGGCUCGAGUACCUCGACCUGACGGGCUGCGGCGCCUGGUUCCCCGCGCUGUGGGCCACGGCCGGCGAGGAGGGCGACGAGUCGGUCGACUGGGCCGGCGCCUGGGGCAAGAUCACCACGCUGGUGUUGCACCCUGGUUAUCGAUUCGUGGAGGAGCACGGCAAGGGAGGUGAUGACGAGGGGGACGAGCUGGUGCGGUUCUGGGGGCUGUUGUCUGCCGCGCGCAGGGUCGAGGGGCAUAUCCGCGCCCAGAGGGCCGGGAAGGGCAGGUUCAUCACCGUCGAGACGUACAAACCGCCUGGAAAGUCGUAG